UGCAAAGCAAUAAUCCAUCUUUGAACAAGAACGGGAUCCGUUCAAACUUAACUGCCUAGAAUUUGUACAGUUAACAAACAAAAACAGAGUUCUUGGUACAUAUUAUAACACAACCAAGUUAGGCCAGCUAUUAAAAAAAGAUGUGGAAUUAAGAAGAAAAGUCAAAUUUAGGUAAUGGAUCCAGAAUAUGAGAAGCGUUUGCUUCGACAACAAAAUGGCCAGGUUUCCCCAUAUAAUUCUCCAUUGAGUUUAAGUCCUAUGAGUCCAGUAGCUUCACCAAGUAAAGACAAAUAUGGAGACAGAUUUAUACCAAGUAGAGCAGGAGCUAGCUGGCAUAUAAAUUUUAAUAUUCCAAAAGGAAGUCCUACAUCAUCACCCACUCAAUCUAGUAGUAAAUCUAAGGAGCCAACAGCUGAUAGCAGUAAAGAUGGUCUAGCUUAUUAUUGUUUACUGAAAAAUGAACUCUUGUCAGCGGGCAUUGAAGAUUUGAAGGAUCAACAGACAGAUGAAAGAAGAAUUUUAGUCCCCAAAGAAAGUAAAAAUCUUUUUCGUUAUCAUGUUCCUAGAAGAAGUUUAGAUUUUAGUGAUUCAUCUCCGUAUUCAUUAUCACCAGUAGGAAGUAAAAGUCAACGACUUCUUAGAUCUCCAAGAAAGGCUGUGAGAAAGAUAUCAAAGAUACCAUUUAAGGUGUUAGAUGCUCCUGAACUGCAGGAUGAUUUUUAUUUAAACUUGGUGGAUUGGUCAUCACAGAAUGUUCUAAGUGUUGGACUUGGUACCUGUGUUUAUCUGUGGAGUGCAUGUACUAGUCAGGUGACAAGACUAUGUGAUUUAUCAAGUGAUGGAGAUACAGUAACAUCAGUAUCAUGGUCAGAAAGGGGGCAUUUAGUAUCAGUAGGAACACAUAAAGGAUUUGUACAGAUAUGGGAUGUAGCAGCAAAUAAAAAAAUAAAUACAUUAUCAGGUCAUAGUGCUAGAGUAGGAGCAUUAGCAUGGAAUGGAGAUGUUUUAUCAUCAGGAAGUAGAGACAGAUUGAUAUUACAAAGAGAUAUUCGCACACCUUCUAUUGUGCCAGAACGUAAAUUAACAGGACACAAACAGGAAGUGUGUGGACUCAAGUGGUCACCUGAUCACCAACAUUUAGCAUCAGGUGGCAAUGACAAUAAAUUGUUUGUGUGGAACAUGAAUAGUACAAUACCAGUUCAGACUUAUAAUGAACAUUUAGCUGCUGUAAAGGCUAUUGCAUGGUCUCCUCAUCAGCAUGGACUAUUAGCUAGUGGGGGAGGUACUGCAGAUAGGUGUAUUAGAUUCUGGAAUACAUUAACAUGUCAGCCAUUGCAGUGUGUUGAUACAGGAUCACAAGUGUGUAACUUAGCCUGGUCAAAGCACUCAAAUGAAAUUGUUAGUACUCAUGGUUAUUCACAAAAUCAAAUAUUAGUAUGGAAAUAUCCUUCACUUGUUCAAAUUGCCAAAUUAACAGGACAUACAUACAGAGUAUUAUAUCUAGCAAUGUCACCAGAUGGAGAAGCCAUUGUAACAGGAGCUGGGGAUGAAACUUUACGUUUUUGGAAUGUUUUCAGUAAAACUAGGUCAACAAAAGAAUCUAAAUCUGUGUUGAAUCUCUUCACAAGAAUCCGGUGAUGUUAAACAGAGAAAGUUGAAUUCAGGAAAUUAAUUUCACUCAAUGAAUUUUAUGUGUUCGGUUAGAGCUUGCCUUGACAUCCAUUUUAUUUUUAUAAGUUAAUGUAUGUUUUAUGAAGGAUUUUGUGGGAACAAGCAAAACCUCAAGAUGUCUGGCAAGCUAUAAAUUAUUUUAACGUUUUUUAUAGAAUUUUAUUUUUUACCCUCCACAUAAAUUUAAUGUGUAAAGUGCUUUUUAAGUCCAGUACCAAAAAUAUUUUGUCCGAAUUGAUUCCAUCAGACUGAAUUGCAAAAAAAUUGAACUGGCAAAACAAAAGUUACCCUCUUUUUUUUUUAUAUAUCAGAUUAACAUAUUUCAGGUUUUAUAAAAGUCUGUUUCUAUUUUUUCCAUUUAUUAAUUUUGUUAUGCAUUUAAAAAACAAAACAACAAAAAUUGUGUAAUACAAAUAAGUUAUGUGAUAUGGAGGAAUGUUAGAUUUUUAUUUAAUUUUCAGACACAAGUAUGUCUGUUGUUGUUUUUUGUUGUUCAAGUUUUUCCAUGAUUUUAUUUAGUUGCCAGUAUAAAAAAAUUUGAACUGCCGAAUAACAAGUGAAAGGGUAAAUGGAUAUUUACGUCUUAUUCAUUUCAAUAUUUUUUCAUUUAUCAUUUGAAGACUUAGUUUCUUGAAAGUUAUGGUAGAAUUCUUUUUUAUUUAAAUUGACCAUACACUUGAUAAGUGAAUCUUAUUAUACAUUUAUAUAAUCUGCUAUUGAAAUUGUAAAUGUGGUUUUUAAAAGCCUGCAUUGUUAAUUAUUUGGAAUUUGGUUUAUCAUGCAGUAUAAAAUUUGGUAAAAACAAUAAACUGAUAUUACACUACUAUUAUGCAAUUCUUAGUGUUAUAAACAUCUUUAGAUAUUGAAAACAGUUUUAUUCAACAGUUUGACAUUUUAUAUUUAAAGAUAAAUUUUAUAGUAUUUAUUUUAAAUUUUGAUAAUUAAAUUUACUGUUUUGGGACAUUUUAGGCUUUUUACCAGUAUUUUUUAAUUUAUAAUCUUUUAUACAUUGCUGAAGGAGGAAAGAGAAACAAUUUUAUUACGGAUAUUGGAACAAAAAUACUUUCCUCUGAUCUUAUACAACCUUCACUACUUUACUGUUGGAUAUAUGUAUAAUAUAGGUCAAUAUUAUUACAUAUGUAACUCUUAUACAAAAGUCCAUAAUCUUUUUUAUCUGUUUACUUCUUUUCUCGAUACUUGUUCUCUCUUUUAUUAUAUCAAAUUAUUUAUCAAUUGCAUUUCAUACAUUUCAUGUUUAAGGAAAACAAAAAAUGGAUUUAUUUCUUUACUCCUUUCUUUCUAAAUGUGUUAAUGUCAGUUGUUGUGUAUUGAAAAAAAACAUUUUGUAUGCAUGCAGAAAUUAUCACUCUGUGUUACAUAAUCAUCAUGAAAAUAAUAAAAAAUAUCUUGAUUACAAUA